AAUAUGGAGCUUACUGCACAACAUCGCUUUCACUCAAUUAAGCUGUGGCCUCCCAGUCCAAGCACUAGACAAGUUCUUGUGGAUCGUAUAAUCAGAAAUCUUACCACUCCAUCCAUUUUAUCCAGAAAGUAUGGUCUUUUAACUAAAGAAGAAGCAGAGGAAGAUGCUAAGCGAAUAGAGUCUGCAGCCUUUGCCACUGCGAACCAACACUUUGAAAAGGAGCCAGAUGGUGAUGGAAGUUCUGCUGUGCACAUUUACGCUAAAGAAUCGAGUACACUUAUGGUGGAAGCUGUGAAAAGAGUUCCUAUCGUAAAGGAGGAAGAAGAAGCCGUACCCAUGUCUGAAACAGCUACCAUUACAGUUACAGCAGACCAUGAAACUCUUUUUGACAUCUCUGGAGCCAGUCGAGAUUUCCUCAAGGCAGAGGAGGCCGAAGAACUGCUAAAACCACUCCAGGAGCCUGGGAACAAAUAUAAAAAGAUACGUUUUAGCAAUAGAAGCUUUGGGUUGGAUGCAGCCCGCGUUGCUGUACCCGUAUUGGUCUCUCUCAAGGACCAAUUAACAGAAGUUGAUCUAUCAGAUUUUGUUGCUGGGAGGCCAGAGGAAGAAGCCCUUGAAGUUAUGAGCUUGUUUUCGUCAGCCCUUGAAGGUUCUGAUCUCAGGUAUCUGAACCUUUCGGAUAACGCAUUGGGAGAAAAGGGGAUUCGGGCGUUUGACAAGCUUUUAAGAUCACAAAGUAAUCUUGAAGAGUUGUAUCUAAUCAAUAACGGUAUCUCGGAAGAAGCUGCAAAGGCUGUGUGUGAACUGAUUCCUUCCACAAAGAAACUCAAAAUUCUUCAUUUCCAUAAUAACAUGACUGGUGACGAAGGGGCGGUUGCCAUUUCUGAACUCCUGCAAAGAUCUCCAAUGCUCGAGGAUUUCAGGUGUUCAUCCGCCCGGGUCGGCUCAGAAGGGGGCGUUCCUCUAGCUGAGGCACUCGCCACAUGUACCCAUUUGAAAAAGCUUGAUCUUUGUGACAAUAUGUUCGGAGUCGAAGCUGGGAUUGCUUUAAGCAAGUCCAUAUCCGUGUUCACUAAUCUCAACGAGAUUUACCUCAGUUACUUGAAUUUAGAAGACGAAGGAACUUUAGCUCUUGCUAACGCACUCAAAGAAUCUGCUCCAUCUCUCCAAGUUAUUGAUAUGGCUGGAAACGAAAUUACGUCUGAAUCAGCUCCUGCUUUGGCGGCUUGUUUAAUGGCUAAAAAAGGAUCUUUAACCAAGAUAAAUCUUUCCGAGAAUGAGUUGGCGGACGAGGGUACCAUAGUGAUCGCUAAGGCUCUUGAAGCGGAGUUUCCACGAUUAACCGAAGUUGACCUGAGCACGAAUGGCAUUAGACGGGCUGGAGCCAGGGUCCUGGCUCAGGCUGUCGUAGGUAAACCGGGGUUUAAGUUGCUGAAUAUUAAUGGUAACUUUUUAUCUGAUGAAGGUGUGGAUGAUGUGAAAAAUAUGUUCAAGAAUUCCCCGGGUGUGCUCGGUCCAUUGGACGAAAACGACCCCGAAGGACAAACAUUCGACGGUUCGGAUGAAGAGACUGAUGGUGAUGAUGAAUUGGGAUCCAAACUGAAGGAGCUUCAAAUCAAGCAAGAAGAAUAGAGGUCACAUUUUAGGUAUGACCAUCUUCUCUACCUUUGCAUUGCUUUGAUUCAUAACAUAUUUAGAGAAAAUCCAUUUGUGGGUUACUCUAAAAGUGCAUGAUUUGUUUUGUAUCUGCACUUGAAUUCUUAGGUUUCUUUCUGGUACUUGCAUUAGCACUCCAUUGCUUUUCUUUAAUGUUAGUUUCAAGUUGUUUUAGCCUUAAAAGGGA